AAACCGCUGCCGAAGUCUGCAGAUGUUGUGGUGAUUGGAGGAGGAAGCCUGGGUUGCCAGACCCUCUACCACCUGUGUAAACUAGGCAUGACCAAUGUAGUUCUGCUGGAGAGGGACAGAUUGACUGCAGGCACCACCUGGCACACGGCAGGACUUUUGUGGCAGUUAAGACCUAGUGAUACCGAGGUGGAGCUGUUGGCUCACACUCGCAACGUGAUCAGCUCAGAGUUGGAGGAGGAGACUGACCUCGAGACGGGUUGGAUCCAAAAUGGAGGCCUGUUCAUUGCUUCCAACAAGCAGCGACUGGACGAAUACAAGCGCCUCAUGUCGCUGGGUAAAGCGUACGGCAUUGAGUCAUACGUCCUAUCACCUGCUGAGACCAAGGACCUGUAUCCUCUGAUGAAUGUGAAAGAUCUUUAUGGCACGCUGUAUGUGCCUAAAGACGGCACCAUGGACCCAGCAGGCACCUGCACCACCCUCUCCAGAGCAGCCACUGCACGCGGUGCCACUGUGAUUGAGAAUUGUCCAGUGACGGGUAUCCAGGUUAAGGUUGAUGAUUUGGGUGUUAAGAGAGUGAAAGAGGUGGAAACUGCUCAUGGGACCAUCCAAACACCAUGUGUGGUGAAUUGUGCAGGUGUCUGGGCCACUAAGUUGGGGGAAAUGGCAGGCGUCAAUGUUCCUUUGAUUGCCAUGCACCACGCUUAUGUCGUCACAGAAAGAAUCGAGGGAAUUCAGAAUAUGCCCAACGUCAGGGACCAUGAUGCAUCAGUCUACCUCCGUCUGCAAGGUGAUGCUCUCUCCGUGGGAGGCUACGAACACAACCCCAUAUUCUGGAAUGAUCUUAUGGGAAAUUCUCUGACUGAAUCCUUCACUGCAGACCACAAGCCCCUGAUGGGUGAAGCGCCGGAAGUGAGAGGCUUUUUCCUUGGAUGUGGCUUCAACAGUGCAGGUAUGAUGUUAGGAGGAGGAUGCGGCAAAGAGCUGGCUCACUGGAUCAAUCACGGCCGUCCCGAGAAAGACAUGUGCGGAUAUGAUAUCAGGCGGUUCCACCAUUCCCUGACCAACAACAACCGAUGGAUCCGAGAGCGAAGUCACGAGUCGUAUGCCAAAAACUAUUCAGUAGUUUUCCCGUUUGAUGAACCUUUGGCCAGCCGCAACAUGAGGACAGACCCCUUCCACCAGGUGCUACAGGAACAGGGCUGUGUGUUUCAGGAGAGACACGGUUGGGAGAGACCCGGAUGGUUCAACCGGGGUGGACCUGCUCCAGUUCUGGAUUAUGAUUACUAUGGUGCCUAUGAUGUUCCCAAGAACACUGAUUACAAAUACAGUGAGAUACUGGGCAAAGAGUAUACGUUUGACUUCCCUCCACAUCAUGAUGCGAUUCGGGACGAGUGUCUGAGCUGCAGGAAUGCUGUAGCUGUGUUUGAUAUGUCCUACUUUGGUAAGUUUUACCUGACUGGUCCGGAUGCAAAGAAGGCAGCUGAUUGGCUGUUCACAGCUGAUGUCAACAAAGCUCCAGGGUCCACAGUCUACACCUGCAUGUUAAACAAGAGGGGCGGGGUCGAGUCUGACCUCACUGUCAGUCGUCUGGAGCCAAGCCCUGCCCACCACCCACUGACACCCGAAUCUAAUGGUAAACGACACACCCGUGAGCUGCUGCAGGAAGUGCUGAACUCUGACCUCAGCAACGAUGCGUUUCCCUUCUCCACACACAAGAUAGUGAACGCUGCUGGACACAAGGUGAGGGCCAUGCGUCUGUCGUUCGUGGGUGAGAUGGGCUGGGAGCUUCACAUCCCUAAAGAGUCCUGUCUGCCCGUCUACCACGCCGUCAUGGCCGCAGGGGCCAAAUAUGGCAUCUGCAAUGCCGGCUACAGGGCCAUUGACUCCUUGAGCAUUGAGAAAGGUUACAGGCAUUAGCACGCAGAUCUGCGUCCUGAUGACACUCCACUAGAGGCGGGACUUGCAUUCACCUGUAAGAUGAAGACCUCCAUUCCCUUCCUGGGGCGGCAGGCACUGGAGGCCCAAAAGGCUGAGGGUCUGCGCAGACGGAUCGUCUGCUUCACAGUUGAUGAGAAAGUGCCAAUGUUUGGUCUGGAAGCUAUUUUCCGCAACGGCGUUCCUGUGGGCCACCUGCGGCGCUCCGAAUUUAGAUUUGCCAUUGACAAGACCAUUGGCUAUGGUUAUAUUCGCAACCCAGACGGUGGAGUGGUGAGCCCAGAUUUCGUCCGCAGCAGGGAAUUCACUCUGGAGAGGAUGGGCGUCACAUAUAAGGCUACGGCUCACCUGAAAUCUCCCUUUGACCCCGAGAACAAGCACGUUAAGGGCAUCUACGGCUGAACAAAGCCAGAAUGAAACUGAUCCAGACUGAUUGAGUGUAACUGAGGUAAAUGUUUACAGGCCUUUAUCCAACACAUCAGCAUCAGCAUUCCAGACAAAACUAAAUACUCUUCUGUAUUUAUAGUCACUGUCUUAAAGGCAUGAUUCACCAUAAAGGAGCAUAGAAGAACAAAUGUGAAUUUAACCCAGUUAUACAGUGUAACAAUGUUCAACAUCUUCCUGUGCCUUUAAAUUUCAUGUUUUUCAGAAAGAAAUCAUUCAUAUUUUUCCGAAAAUAACAUUUUAGUGAGCAA